UUAGCUGCCCUCGGUUCUUCUUGGUUGACAGAUAAAAAAGGAGAGCAAAGCGGAUCACAUCCGGGGUUGGUUUAUUCUAAUCGCGAGCCCUUCUACCCGGAAAAAACUUAGACAACUUUCCGUGGCUCGAUCAGGCACAGUACAUAUCAGAAACAUGUCAGCGCCCGGAAUAUGAACUAUUCGUAAAUGUUUGUACGAAAACGUAAUUUUUUAUCAUGUGGCCGAGACGCGUCCUAUAGAAUUAGUAUUUUUAAACACUUCGGUUUAUUGGGUUGCGGCUUACACGGCAACCAUCAGAAUUUCAGAAGCGGUGAUAUGAAGUAGUGUUCCAGGGCAGGAUGCCGUACCUGGACAGACUGAGCAGGGUGUGUGGCUUCCUGGACAUCGAGGAGCAGGAGAACAGCGGCCGAUUCCAGAGGAGGUACUUCAUCCUGGACACGCAGGGAAAUACACUGCUGUGGUACAUGGACAACCCUCAGAACCUCCCUAGUGGAGCUAGUGCUGUGGGAAGCCUACGACUGACCUAUAUCUCCAAGGUGAGUGAGGCCACACUGAAACAGAAGCCCAAGACUGAGUUCUGUUUUGUGAUCAACUCAGUGUCUCGCCGGUACUACCUUCAAGCCAACGACCCGACAGACAUGAAAGACUGGGUGGUGGCUCUCAACAAGGCCACCAAGAUCACAGUUCCCAAAGCUGGACCUGUCACCCAGCCUAGUCGCGAUGUUACCACGGUGACGAGUGAUGGAGUGAAGCCACAGCAGGCCUACAGAGCAGAGAUUAUUGGAGGUGUUGUGGUUCACACCCCUAUCUACCAGAACAAUGGGGAAGAGUCAGAGAUCAGAGAAAGCAAGCCCACCAGGCUGGGGGUGCUACGAUGUGGCUUCUGUGUCAAACAGGGAAACGUGAGGAAGAGCUGGAAAAGACGUUUCUUCAUCCUGGACCACAACUCUGUCAGUUACUACAAGUGUGCUUCGGACAAGGAGCCCCUGAGAGCUGUUCCUCUGAGGGACAUCCAGAAGGUCCAUGAAUGUCUGGUCAAGUCUGGGGAGCUACUGACGAGAGACAACCUGUUUGAAAUCAUCACCAGCUCCAGAAUCUUCUACGUCCAGACAGACUCUCCAGAGGACAUGCAUGGCUGGAUCAGAGAUAUCCAGAUGAAGAUACAGGACUUUAGAGGCCCUCCAAAGGGAUCUGGGUUCAAGCUUGGCCCCUCACUGUGUCACAGCGGUAACCGGGCUACCCGCUCAGGUCCUCAAGGGGAGGACAGAAGACCCCCCCUGGUGAAGUCCUGCUCAGUAGCCCCAGGCUGGCAGCCCUGGACCCCCCUACCCCAGCGAGAGACCUCCACUCUGCCCACGCUGGACCAAGAGCAUACCUUCAGCUCCCUGCCCGCCAUGCCCUCUCGCUCUUCCACCUCCUCUUCCUCCUCUUCCUCCCUCUCCUCCUCGUCCACCUCCCUCUCCGCACCGGCCCCUGGUCACGCCGUGCCCCGCACGGCGGCGGCAGCCCUGGCUCAGAAGGUGUCCCUGGGAUCGGCGGGAGACCCGGCAGGCCCAGCGCCAUCUGUUGGUCGUAGGAGGCAUCACUCCCAUCCUCAGCCUCCCAGCCGCGGCUUCCCCUACGUCCUAGACGAGGACGGCAUCCGCACCACCGACGUCUAGCGCCGAUGAAGUGCCCUCGCUUGAAGACUGUUGAGUGAUAGUGACUGGUAGAGAUGAGAGAGAGAGAGAGCCUCCCUCCUUCCUCUGUGGUAAAACGGUGGCGUGUCUGCUGGUCUGGCCUGCUGCUGUGGCCCCCAGGUGGCGAGGUGACGUCGCUACAAGUGGGUUUUGAGCAGUAUUCCGGGGCAGUCUAUGAAGGGGAGGGGUGAGGGCAGAAAGAGGGUACCACUGGGAGGGAUAAACGGGGGGCCUGGAGUUAUUUGAAGGCCCGGACUGUGAAGGGGUACGUUGUUUUUGUAUGAUUUCCUUUGAAAACUUGAAUGUCCUCCUUGGUUGUUGUCCCAAGGUAUAGUAUGCCUUAAUGAUUGUCUAACAAACUAACACAUUCUGUCUUAGCCUUAGUUAUGUAACCUGGUCUUCUCCAAUUCAACACGCCCAUGCUCCUGAAAGCCUAGCCAAUCAUUUAUUUGCUGCCAGGAAUGGAAUCUACUCACAAUCGCAAUGGUAACCUACAGUAACAGUUGAUCAGCUAGCUGUCCGAUUCAUCCUUCACAUGCUCUCUCUGCUUUUUUAUUGUUUUGUUUUUAUCAGAAAGAAGAACUUGUCUCUGGUAUCAUAUAUCAUUUACCUUUUUUGUUUUUCACAUUUUUACCUGCUUUAUUUCUCUGGCUUUGCUCGUCUAAUGAGUUGCCACGGGAACUGUGAAACCCACCUUGGUGCUUUAUGUGGGUCCACUUGGUACCUUUGCCUUGUCAGACACCUGCUAGUGCUUUGAUUGGUUAACUUGGUUAGUUGUUCAGAGGCUGUUCGCACGACAGGGGCCACUGUGCUCCUCAGUAAUGCUUGUGGCCUCACCAAAUACUUGGCUAGCCUCCAUCUUGUCUCUUCAAGUUCAGAAACGCAUGCGAUCACCUCCGCAAAACCACUGCUCAGGCCGUACGCUGAAGCAAUGCUAGCAGUUCAGUGGCAAUCAUGGUUGGGACCCCAACUGUGGCGUGAAUUCGAUCAGUUGAACGUGGUGAGAUAUUAAACAAAUUCACUUAUCUGAUUGUAAUAUUGACCAAUGUGUGUAUCAUGCACAAUAAAACAUUACGGCUUUUUAAUGAA